ACAGAAUUGUGCCGUGAACGUCAGUAGAGUUCGAGCGCCGACCUGCAGCACCCGUCGCUCUGCCAAGCCACCGCUGGAAUGCCGUGGCCGCUCAAGCAAACCAAGGCAGACAUGCCCACCGUCCAUCGACGCCAAGACGAGUUGGUGCAAACGGGGGUCGAUACACUCGACGCCAUCUUGGCCAGAGACAGUGGCCAAGACGGCACGGUGUGGACGGCUGGAACGACGUUGCGCCGUCGCCAGGAGAGCUCCAGUGUGAUGUUUUGGAAGGGACAUGUCCCGGGUUAUACCGUCGAUGCCGUCAAGGCGACGUGCUACGUGGGAUGCUCCGCCGUCCAGCUCGCCAACAAACUGAAAGACCCGACACGUCUGCGCGAGUACGACGCCACGAUCUUUGGAUGCCGUAUCGUCGAAGAAGUCGAUGUACCGUCCUUUACAACGAUUCAGUUCUGGCAAGGCGUCCCGUUGUUCCCAGCCACGGCGCGUGAGUUUUGUGUCCUGACGGCGGAGCGCAGACUGCCGGGUAGCCAGGAAAUCGUGCUGGCUGCUCGAUCCAUCGAGCACGAGUCCGUCCCGCAUAAUGCAGCGUACAUUCGAGGCGAAAUGUACUUGACUGGGUUUAUCUUGCGACCGGUCGGCAAGACCUCGUGCUUUGUCACGGCCCUGCGCCACGUGAAUAUGUGUGGUACUGCGGCGCCGUUUGUCGGGCGCAAGGCCGACGACAUGGUCGCCAUCGCAAUGAACCUGCAGCGUUUGUUUGGCAAGCCAACGGAACCAAACGACUUGCCAGCCACAGCCGUUGCUCCAGUCUCAAGUUUGCAACGUCCAGCGCCGCACGAACCACCGCCUGACGCGUCCACGUGCGCCAACUGCGGCAAGGACAUCUUGCACGGCUUCAGUCGCCAUCGCUGCAUCGUAUGCCAUCACGUGUUAUGUGGGGACUGUGCACGGCACGUCGUCAAGUCGAAGCAGUGGCAAGUUCUUCGCAUGUGCAAUCCUUGCGCCGCUGAAAACGUCGCCAACGAUCAACGCACGCCGCCCGACAAAUCGCCCGUUCGCGUUCAAAGGACGACCGAGGAAAUCGCAGCGCAGCCGGCGAGUCAGGUGUCGCCAACAGCGCUGUUGGUCGUGUGUGCUGUCGCGUCGCUUGUCGUGUGGAUGGAGUGGCCUGGCCAUGCUUUGGUCAUCUUCACAGUUGGUCUGCUUUCUCUAUUUGCAUCGAUUGCUCACUCCCCAUCCGGCUGUGCAUCAAGUCGGGGCGAGCUUGUUCGUUCACGAUAGAAAUUAUCGGGAACCGCUUUUGUACAGUGGGUCACAAAAGUCUGAAUACCCUGAUCAGAAUCUUCUGUUUUGGUGUGUUCCGUGGGAACCUGAAUGACUUUUGCUGCGUACUCGAGUGUUCUAGAAUUCUUUCUGCAUUGCCCAUCAUCCAAGGCAAGUGCAUCGUGAGCUCAACGCGAAUUGAACCCAAUAUUUGACAUUGUAUACAUUUUGGGAAAUCAAAAGUCUGCAUACCCAAGAAAGAAAUUGAUGUAUUCGAGGCAAUUAGUACUUGGUUACGUCGCCGUCGUUGGCAA